UCAAAAAUCUCCCGCCAACCUCCUCUCUGCCAUCCCCCCGGCAAAACCGGCUACACCCGGUGGCCACCCUCCCCCUUUCGGUUGCCCCACCAGGAAAAAGCCCUCCUUCCCCUCCCGCUCCCCCUCCAUUUCUUCAUAUCCUCGCAUAUCGGCGACUCGCGGACGCCAAUCCACGCGGGCGAACCAAAAACUUUUUACUUUCCUUCUAUUUUUUGUCCAUUCUCUCCUUCCUUCCUCCUUCGAGCGCUCGCCUUCUCUCCGCGCCUCGAUCGAUCCGCCACUUAGGGUUUUUGGCGGGGAGAUGGGCGGGCUGUGAGGUCUAGGCUUUGUGAUCGGGUCUUCGAUUAGGUUCUCGGAGCGGCGGCGAGCAUGAGCGCCGUGAACAUCACCAACGUCACGGUACUGGACAACCCGACGCCGUUCCUCAAUCCUUUCCAGUUCGAGAUCUCGUACGAGUGCUUGGUUCCUCUCGAAGAUGAUUUGGAAUGGAAGCUCAUAUAUGUAGGGUCUGCAGAGGAUGAGACCUAUGAUCAGCUCCUUGAGAGUGUGCUUGUUGGUCCUGUCAAUGUUGGGAACUACCGCUUUGUAUUCCAGGUAGACCCACCAGACCCAAUGAAGAUUCGUGAAGAAGAUAUCAUAGGUGUGACAGUGCUGCUUUUGACUUGCUCCUAUUUAGGGCAGGAGUUCAUCAGAGUAGGCUACUACGUGAACAAUGACUAUGAUGAUGAACAGCUAAGAGAAGAACCACCACCAAGGGUUUUAAUUGACAGAGUUCAGAGAAAUAUCCUGGCUGACAAGCCCCGUGUCACUAAGUUCCCUAUCAAUUUCCAUCCUGAAACCGGUGAAAAUGGCAGCCAGCAACAGCCACCACCGCCUACCACACCUGAAAACCAUGCCAGUGAUGAUCCACAGCUUGAUCAGCCUCCAAAAUGAGUUUUUUACUAAUGUAGAGUGAGAGGGUCCAAAACAAUCCGGACAAGGCUUGAUGGUUGUGGUUAUGGUGAGGUGAAAAGGUGCAAGUGCUUAACCUUACGGGAUCUUUGUAGAAAAUUAUUCCAGUGGGUUGUGGGCACGCUAUUUCAGUUAAACUGGCUCUCGUGAUGGAAAAAUUUAUGCCCUACUUGAAUGUUGGUGUACUCUAAGUGAUCCUUAUGGGCUGGUUAAGCAUGAUUUUGGUGGCUGCUGGAACUCUUGUUUGUUGUGCUGACACCUUAUGUGUUGUGUUGAAGGAGUUUAGAGAUGUGUUAAGGAAUUUUUUGGUCAGUAUGGUACCCUUGAGCCCAAUGUCAUGAUUCACUAUUUCAUUCAAUUUAUUUUAGCAUGCCUCCUGGUUAAACUUUUCUUUUA